CUAGCCGGACCAAUAACGCGAGGUUGAUCUGGCGAGAAGUGUACGUAGGAUUCAGAAUGAGACCUCCGUCCUACAACUCCUCAGCACGACACUCAUGGUUGCAACCGCUAUGAGCGAAGGGCUCUCUCUGCAACCAGAGCUGAGUCAGUCCAGCCCGGCGAAAAGAAAACGGCUGGCCGCCGUGAAUGACGAUGAUACACCCGAGGAGAGAGCUGAGACAAUUCCUGACAGCGCCAUUGCCAGGGCCCCGGUUAAAAGAGCCAGAUAUCCAAGAUACAGAAAACAGGGCACCGUUUCCAGCGGAUGCGACAGCGGCAUCUGUGCCGACCAGUCGCCUGGUUCGAGCCCCUCAGAUGCAACUUGUAGCAGUCCCGCACACAGAAGCAGCCGCUCCCCUCACCGGCUCACCACUCCACUUGACUGGCAGCUUUUCACAGACUACGGGGAGAACUGUUACCACUUUAAACGAGAAUCCGAGGAAAAAUUCCAUCCGCGGAACUGUCUCGCCCGGCAGCCUCAGGUAACCGCGGAAGACCGGUGUAAACUCGUUAGCUGGCUAAUCCCGGUUCAUAGAUACUUUAAUUUCUGUUUUGAAUCGCUGUGCCUCGCUGUAAAUAUAAUGGACCGUUUCCUCAAAACAACGCCCGUGGCUUCGGAUUGUUUCCAACUUGUUGGAGUAACCUCGCUGCUCAUUGCCUGUAAACAAGUUGAAGUAUACCCGCCGAGAAUCAAACAACUGCUAGCCCUGUGCUGCGCUGCUUUUACUCGUGAGCAGUUGUGUAACCUGGAGUGCAUCAUCCUGCUCAAACUCAAUUUCCAGCUGGCCGCUCCCAGCGUGGACUUCUUCUUGGAGUAUUUCACCAAUAAAAUCCCGCAGCAUCAACAGGUGGACGGCAGGGCUCCCCGGACUGGCCGUCUGGCCAGGCGCUUUGCCGAGCUCAGCUUCGCCGACUAUUCCUUCAACGGUUAUCCGCCCUCCCUGCUGGCCAUCUCUGCAUUCAGCCUGGCCGAUCGCAUGUUACACCCUGACCAACUUGUCGACCUAGACUUCGGCGAUUACCCGCCCAGCCCGCUGAAGGACUGCGUGGAGACUCUGAAGCUACUGGUGGCUUUGAACAAGGAGUCACUGGCAUCCGAUCAGGCCUUUGAAGAGAAAAACGGCGAAUUCAGCACUGAAUUAUGAACUGUUUCACCCGUUCUUGUACUGUGGUCUCUUGUUUCCCCAAGAGAGUCACGUCAACAUUUGCUGAAUAAAAUAGCAUCGAAUUUGAACACGUAGAUAUGAUAAAAGAAAAGUGGAAAUUGAUGUGGGUGCUAGUUUACAUUUGUGAGGGAUACUUCUCACUUAAAUCUCUGCUAGAUCAAAUUGUUUACUACUUGUAGAUUCGAAUGAUGCCGAAAUGUAAAUAAAAGAUUUCGAUCAGGGAGGUAAAUGCAAUCUGAAAACUUGAUAACAUUAAUCCAGAGCAAUUGAAACCUCGCCCUCCUAAUGCACUGAUAUUUAAUAUAGAAGACUGCAACUGUAAUCUGUAAAUAAUCUACAUGGCAAAUGUAUGUAUUUGAAGACAUUGCAUUUGCGCGGUAUGGUAAAAUCAUGUGACUAGCCAUUAAAUUAUUUUCAUUAGUCUUAUGGUUUAGAAUUAUUGUGUUUCAGAUAGAUGUUUAUGUUUACAGUCUCCGACAGUU